UUGGAAUGUGAUGCAAGUAAAGGCAAUAAUCAAAAAAUCUGAAACUCAUUACAUCAUUUUGGUGAACGUCCCAUUUUAUGUGUUCAAGUUAUCUGUGUUGUCAGAUUUUCUCACCUGACAUUGUUUACGCAUUUUUGAUAAUUCCCUAACAUACGAAGAUGGUUUGUACAAAGUCAAGAAAGAAGAAGAAAUCCCUGGCAAAACAUCCAUCGGAAUCGUGUCAGCAAUCUUCAUCUUUUCUGUUCUUGUCAAAACAGAAUGUCAUCCGUCAUGUUAAUCGAUCCAAGACCAUGUUUAUUAUGCGAGGACUACCAGGAUCUGGAAAAUCAACCCUGGUGAGAAAGAUCCAGACCAAAUAUAAAGGAGCGGUCGUAUGUUCUGCUGACGAUUAUUUUUCCAAAGAGGGGGAAUAUGAAUUCAAUCAGGAUGAGCUGCCAAACGCUCAUCAAGAUUGUAAGGAGAAGGUCAAAGAGGCAUGUGAAGCUGCAGUGCCACUUGUCGUUGUCGACAACACAAAUAUCCGCCGUUGGGAAAUGAACCCGUACUUUGGAAUUGCACAUCAUCAAAAUUAUGACGUCAUAUUGGUUGAGCCGGAUACGCCGUGGAAGUUUGAUCCUGUUGAACUAGCGAAGCGUAAUAGCCAUGGUGUGACGGAAGAAGUUGUCCGGCAAAAGCUUUCACAUUUUGAGACUGUCUUCCCGUUGUAUUAUGGGUGGUUCCUGAAUGAGGUGGACAGUGAGAGACUUUUCAAAUUGGGGCAGGAUGUCUUCCAACGGUGUAUGAAUCUGCCAGAAUUCAGCAGGAUUUUUAUGAAGGAGGCAGGAGUUGAUCAAGAGAAUCCCACAUUUGACAACUUCUUCAAGAGGAAACAUUUCAAGACCUCGAUUGAGACUCUACACUGCACCACAAUGUUCUCCCUCCGAGGGAAAAAAGCAGAGACAUUAGACUACAUUGCCAAAGAGGCUGUGGAGAAAGCUAUGGGUCAGGUUUUUAUGUUGUCUGUUAUUGGAUUCUCCAUCAGCCCGAGAGCGUUUGGUGCCAGGCUACGGCUGAAUAAUACGCAGUUGAAGUUGUGGUUCAGAGACGACAAUGAAGAACGACCAGCGAAAUCUCCGAAGUCGGCACCGAGUCCUGAGAGGGUUAAAGACAGUGCAGGUGAAGGAGUAAAAGACAGGCGUUCAUCGAAAAAAUCCAGUCGAAAAAAGAAAGGCAAAAAAUCUGAUUUGUCUUCCAAUGAGUUUAGUAAAGGGGGAGCUUCCUCUGAGCGUAAUUCGCAACCAGAUACAAGUUCGGUGUCGGGGCAAGAUGAUGUGAAACAUUUGGCUGUACAACCAGACACUGGUAUUCAAUUCUUUCCCGCAUGUUCUGAAAGUGGUGUUCGUUCAUGGAGUUCUGUUGUGUCUAGCAGUAAAACUAGAGCAGAAGCUGGUCCAUCCAAGCCUAAUGGGGGUGGAAGUUCUUCUGGUGUCCCUGGACCAGAAAACAGUGGUGCUCGGACUGCUGGAGCUAGCAAGGCCUCGAGUGCAGUUGUGACCAGUCACUGUAUCGAGCCUGACCAGCAACCUGAGCAUCAAGGUGAUGAAACACAUGAUAAAAACUUUCUGACUAUCCUAGACUAUGAAUCCGAUGAAGAUGAUGUCACUUUGUUUGGGGCCUUCGAUUUUGGAGAACACAGCUCAGAUGAAGAUUUAGACAAUAAAAACAAUGAGAGUGAAAGACUCAAAACUGCUGAUAAUAUUUGUAACAACGUAACACCAGCAGUUGUGGAUUCUGGACCAAAUUCUGGUGCUAAUAAUUUUGUGUCUUCCAGUAGAGAUGUUGUGUCAGUUGAGGUACCAAUAGAGCCGAGCUGUGGUAAAAGGACUAGUGGAUCUAUUGUGCCUAUUGUCUUAGAUAUACCGGCUGAUGAAAAUACAUCUGGGUCAAAAGGUGGUGAUAAUAAGAAAGAUACUGAUAGGCCUAGUUGUCUGCCAUCCGGUAAACAUGGAAGUAAAGUGGAACUGUUCAGAACAGUUGGCCAAGAAGAGGAGAGUGAUGACUCUUCAAAAUGCAAUAAAACAGUGAGUAAAGGUGUUGAGUUGCCAGACAAGAUGUCGGCCUUUCUAGAAGUGUGUGAAAAUCACGAUGAAAAGAAUCACUUGGGCAGUGGAGUUGAAAUCUGUCGGGGUUGCGAUGAGGUAUUUGAAAAUGUUGAUGUUGUGUAUAAAGGUGGAAGUAUGGUUGGUGAUGGUAAAGGCGAGGUAAUGGGCGAAGAAAAAAGUGGGGUCGGCCUCGUUGGUGAAGGAGCAAAUAAUGUAAUGCAAGAAGGAAAAAGGUUGGGUGUUGGUGAAAAGAAUGCUGAGAGUCCACAGACAGGAAGAAGACAUAGAAAGACGUCUCGGGACAAAGUUGACAUUGGACUUUCUCGCCAAAAGAGGCCAAGCUUAGAGCUUGCUGAGGCAGACUUGGAACCACUUACGUCGCCUGGAACAGAGCCUGAAAUUGGUUCUGAAGCUGAGGCUGUGUUUAACCCAGUUGAAAAAUCCUGCAGGGUUCCUGAUGUUGGUGGUCCAGGGGAGGCGGAGGAGACCUUGGGAGACGAAAAGAAGAUGGAAAAAGAUCCUGUUGUUGACACAACGACCUACGUUCCCGUUGCAACUGAUCGGAAAGAAGAUGAAAUCGUGGUGAAGAAGACUUUGAUAUUUGAGAAGAAGCCGGCUAUUGUUCAGGGAGAGCAGAUGACUAGUUCCGAGACUGACAUUAUCACAGGACCAAAGGUUGCUACAUUAGGAUUCAAGACUGAAAGCGAAGGGUCCCGGAGUAAGAAGAAGAAGAAGAAAAAGAAGAAGAAGAAUGGGGAGGAACUUGAAAGUUCUGUUGCCAUGGUUGGUGAGGUGGGUUGUGGGGAAAAUGGGGAACAGGACCGACCUGUUGAAGAAAAAGUAGAAUCUUCACCAGAGCCUGCUGAUGAUCCUGUCAAGAAUGGUGGAGAAGGUACUGCCAAGAAGAAGGAGAACAAGAGGAACAAGAAGAAGGCAAGCAUGGAAGGUUUGAAACUCAACACAGAAAAAAUGGAAAAUGAAGAGAAACUUGAGUGUGAUCAUGAUCAAGUGGCUAAAAAAUCUGUUGAUUUGGCAGGUGGGGGAAAAGAUGACGGUGUUGUGAAAAAGAAGACAAAAGCAUCUGUUGGGGAUGAACCUUGUUCUCUGAAGGAUAAAAAAUCUGACACCAACAGGCCUGGUGGGAGAAGAAAGAAGAAUAUUCAGAGGGAGAGUAGUGUAAUAGAUGAUGAAAUAUCUGCAAUACUGUUUGAGAUUGAGAAUGUUGGUGCAGACUUAGAGAAAAAAGGGCAGAAGAACAAGAAGGGUGGUAGGAGAGCCAUGUCAAAAAUAUCUGCUGGGAGUACGCCAAGUAGAAAAAGUAAAGGUGUCCAAGAGAUGGGAACAAAGAAGAAAACUUGCAUUGAAAAAAGUUCUGUUUUGACUAAUGAUGGUGAUGAUGGGCAAAUACAAAGAAAUGUAUGCAAAUUUGACUCUGAAAUUUGUCGUCCAAAUGAAGUUGAAGAAAGUGGCAUUAGAGAAAGACCUGUCUCGGGAAAAGAGUACGUGGGAAAAAGUGAUACUGUUAUUGUUGAUAGGGAGAAGACAUCAGAACUCUAUGCACAAGAAACUAACUUGACCGUCCAAACCAAGGAAGCUAGUACUGUUAGUCAUCAAUAUCAGGAGGGGGUUUCGAAUGAUGGUUGGCAAGUGGUAACAAAGGGUGGCUCUCAUAAAUCCGUUCCUGUGGCUAUAGAGACUUCGUCCUAUUUGCCAAAUGCAUCUGACGGUCCACCUAAACCAAAACUUAAGUUCGAAAAUCAAACUUCUGACGUAGAAGGAGCAGAGGGUGCAACUGCCAUUGAUUUUGACCUUGAUUCAUCCGAAGAAGUUGACCAAUCACAAAAGUUUCGUCCAACGUCUGGUUUUGGGAGCAGAGCGCACAUAACAAUUGGUUGCGCUGAAAAUCUCAGCCCAGUCGAGGCUGGAUAUGAUUUAUUUGAUAUGAUAAAAUUUGAGGCCAAGGAUGGGAGUGACAAGUCAACGUUGUUGAUAGAUGGAGCAACUGUCAAACAUUAUGGUGGGGGACAUUUUGGUGUUUACUUAGACAAGGUUGUUAGAUUUGAAGCUCUUUUUGGUGGGUAUUACUGAAAAGGUAAUAUAUUCUAUUGAUAAUAAGUAGAUGUAAUUCAUUCACUCACCUUGCCUUUCAGAUUUAUAAAUGUGUCCUUUGAUUAUCAAUUUGUCAUUACUUUUAACUACAUUUGUUACAAAUAAUACACUAUGCUAUUCAGUA